GAUGCUGUACUCUGAUUGGUUAUCCGGACUGGCUCGCGAUUAUCCCACUACCGGUGCUGACUGUUUUGUGACGGAGCGUGAGCACAUGUCGGGUUAAAAAGCCAGAAGCAGAGCCGAAGUACUGUUUUUGUGGCGCUUAUCAGCGUGCGCACGGAGGGGACAUCCAUGGCGAAGAGGCGCGCCGAGGACGGCCUGCUGCACAGCUCUCCACCCAAGAGAUGCUGCCGCUCACUCUGCAGUGUUGACAUGCAGCUGGGAAGCAUGGUGACCCCGAGCGGGGGCGUGAGCCCGCCGUCCCUGCUGGCGUUACUGGGCAGCCGAUCCAGAAAGAGACCGUACUACUUCGAGGAGCCCGCGAAACAAGACGAAGAGGCGCUUUAUCGCAAGGCCACACACUGCGACACUAGGAAGCAUGCAGCAAAUGUUCCGUCGGUGCAGGCUUCUGGAAGUUUCCAGGACCGUCGCAGCUCCUGCAGCGCACCCACAAGCUCCAAGAAACGGCCUCGGGAGGAGUGCGUGGGUCCGGAUACGGUUACGCCUAAAGAUGAUGAUAAAGCUGAUGACGACACCAGCACUGAAGACUGGUCUUACAACUCGUUCCAGUACUGGAGGGUCCCCUUACCUGAACUUGACCUUACACUGCUAGAAGACGCCAGUGACGGCUCCCAAAAAGGGGAUAAGUCAAAAGUGUCUUCUUCGGAUGUCAUGGAAACAUGAAGGCGAUAGGCGUGUUACUCUGCCCCAGCAGCAGCAGGUGAACGCGAUGAAACUGUGAUGUCUUUCGUCGGACUGACAUGUCAAAAGCACAUUAAGGCUGCUUGAAAUGCAUCCAGGUUAGACGCAACGACCCGACGGUGCAGACUCAGAUCUCAGAGCCUCGGGUGAGAGUGUAGCGGUGGCGUUCUUACAGCGUGGAUCAGAACCUUCCUGUAAACCUCGGCGAAGGGUCGCCCUCACAUCCUCCAACUGUUCGUAGUUUCCUUUAAAAGCUGAAAGCGGCUUGUUGUGGAAGGUAUUUCAGACGGCCUGAUGUACAGCUGUGACUGAUGUGCAAACCUCGCAUUUCAUACAUCAGUUUACGUAAUAUUGUUGAAGACCGCAGGUUGUGAGUCUGCACAUAAUAUUAUUAUCAUCUUAACUGUAUUUCAGAGUGUGUUGUAUGGUGUACAUGUUGUUUAUAGAGUGUGUGACUGAGCUGAAAGAUGUUGUGAGGGAGGGAAAAAACCCACCAGAUUUUAAAAACACUAAAUAAGAAGCUUUAGCUUAUUUUAAAUGAGCUUUUAUUACACUUUAAUGAUGCAGCUUCUUGCCAGUCACAGCGCUGUCACGUCUUCAUUGACAGUAGAACAGCUCUUCUCACUCUUGUUUAAUUUUAUUAUAUUUUUUUCUUUUUUUUUUGUAUUUUAACUUCCAGCCGGUCAUGUCUUUCAAUUCCUUCUCGGAUUCCUUUCAGGAUUAUUAAAAACCACUGGCCUGAAUUUCAUGAAAAUUUGUGCAGGGGUGUAGCAUGGGCUGAGAAAGAACACAUUAAAUUACUUUUCUCUCCUGUUUACAUAGUGAGAUGGAGCUUUUGGCUUGGGGGAAUAAAUGUCACACACGUGUCGAAAUCCUUUUAGAUGGCCGUAAAGGUCAGCAGGGCUGAAACAGUUAGCUGUAGGAAUAGUUUGAGUGCAUAUCAAAGUCGACAUGCACGGCUACCAGUAACCUUCCGGAGCAGCUAGCACAUAUAGUCGGUCAAACUUAGCACAGAAAGCAGAUGUUAGGGAGCAAAGUGUGGCUUCAGGGAGGUUUGUAUUGUCAUAUCAUCACAUUUUAUUUCUCUAACUAAGAUUACGGAGACAGAAAUACACACACAUGUUGUGCAAGAAUGACCGGUAUUGUUUGUUUGUUUGUUUUCUUUUCAUUAUGCAGAUUAAAUUUUGACUCUUAAAAAUGACUUCCUUGUGAACAAAAGGUUUUUGAUAACAAGCUGCUGUGCUCGUAGUGUUAUUUAAAGUGAAGGUCUAAUCUGUUUUUCCACAAAUGUAGGCGACAUUAAGUAGGCCUGUACAGAAUAUUUCCGGUUUAGAGGUUCAAAACAAGCGUGCAGCUGAGCUGACGAGGCGUGUGUGGGCACACAAAACAAUAUUUCCACUUAUUUACUACAGUUUUUAAACGUGUCCAGAUGUGUGUAGUGGCUGAGCACCAGU